CCUGGCACAGGAGUUCCUCAUUCUCUUCUGCCUCCAGCUCUGCCAUUAGCUGUCGUCUCAGCAGCCAGCCAGAGCAAUGGAAAACUGGGAGUCCCAUCUCUACAAACAGCCUGCCCAGAAACUGGGUGAGUUUAUCCAGGACAACCUGAGGCCCUUUGAAGACUGUCAGAAACGGAUCGACCAGACCGUGGACACCAUCUGUGCAGUCCUGCAGGAAGCUGAGCAGUUCCCCAUGGUGAUCAGUGUGGCCAAAGGUGGCUCCUAUGGCCGGAGAACAGUCUUGAGGGGCAACUCCGAUGGUACCCUCGUCAUCUUCAUCGGUGGCCUUGAACAAUUCCAGGAUCAGAAGAAAAGCCAACAUGGCCUCCUCAGCAAAAUCUGGGCACAGUUGAAACACUGUGAGCUCACAAUGAAGCUGGCAGCCAAGAUGGAGAUCCAGAGCAUUAAUGGCAAGCUCACCAUCCAGCUGUCCACAAAACAGCAGAGCAUCACUUUUGAGAUGCUGCCCGCCUUCAACGCUCUGGGCUUAAGUGAGAAGCCCAGCCUCUGCACCUAUCGAGAGCUCAAAAGAGCCUUGGAUAUGGUGAAAGCCAGCCCCGGUGAGUUCUCAAUCUGCUUCACUGAACUCCAGGAGAAGUUUUUUAGCAACCAUCCCAGCAAGCUGAAGGAUUUGAUCCUCUUGGUAAAGUACUGGUGUCAAAAGGAAACGCUGAAGGAUUCAUCCCUGCUGCCCUUGUAUGCGCUGGAGCUGCUUACAGUCUAUGCCUGGGAACAGGGGUGUGGAGCGGAAGACUUUGAUAUAGCUGAAGGUAUCAGGACUGUUCUGGAGCUUAUCAGCAAGCAGGAGCAGCUGUGUGUCUAUUGGACAGUCAACUACAACUUUGAGGAUGAGACCGUCCGCAACAUCCUGCUGGGCCACCUCCGAUCCCCGAGGCCGGUGAUCUUGGAUCCAACUGACCCAACCAGUAAUGUGAGCAAAGAUAACACCUGCUGGCAGCUGCUAAAACGAAAAGCUCAAACCUGGUUAUAUUCUCUCAGGCCGAACGAGUCACCUGGACUGUCCUGGAAUGUUCUGCCUGCACCGCUCUACGUGACCCCAGGCCAUCUUCUAGAUAAGUUCAUCAAGGACUGUCUCCAGCCCAACAGGACUUUCCUAGAUCAGAUCAAGAAAGCUGUUGAUGUCAUCUGUAAGUUCCUUAAAGAAAAUUGCUUUCGACAUUCAACUACAAAGUGUCAGAAGAUUGUCAAGGGGGGGUCAACCGCCAAAGGCACGGCUCUGAAGAGUGGCUCCGAUGCCGACCUUGUUGUGUUCGUGGACUCGCUGAAAAGCUACACCUCCCAAAAAAACGAGAGAUGCAGAAUCAUCAAGGAAAUCCAUAAGCAGCUGGAAGCCUGUCAGCAGGAGAAGGAUUUUGAAGUGAAGUUUGAGAUUUCAAAAUGGAAGGCUCCUCGGGUGCUGAGCUUCACUCUGAAAUCCAAAGUCCUCAACGAAAGUGUUGACUUUGAUGUGCUGCCUGCAUUUAAUGCCCUAGGUGAACUGAAGUCUGGCUUUACACCCAGCCCCAGGAUCUAUGCUGACCUCAUCCGUUUGCAUAAAUCCUCAGACGCCCUAGGGGGAGAAUUUUCUACCUGUUUCACGGAGCUACAGCGCAAUUUCGUUUGCUCCCGGCCCACCAAACUGAAGGAUUUAAUUCGCCUGGUGAAGCACUGGUACAAAUGGUGUGGAAGCAAACUGAAGCAAAAGGGGUCUCUGCCCCCCAAAUAUGCCUUGGAGCUGCUCACCAUCUAUGCCUGGGAGCAGGGGAGCGGGGCGCAGGAUUUCGACACGGCUGAAGGUUUCCGGACGGUCCUGGAGUUGGUCACAAAAUAUCAGCAUCUCUGUGUCUUCUGGUUGGUCAACUACAACUUUGAUGAUGAGACUGUGAGGAACUUCCUCCUGACCCAGAUCCAGAGAACCAGGCCUGUGAUCUUGGACCCAGCCGAUCCUACUGGCGACGUGGGUGGAGGGCACCAUUGGUGUUGGCAUCUUCUGGCAGAAGAAGCUACUGAAUGGUUGUCAUCUCUCUGUUUCAAAGAUGGGUCGGGUUGUCCCAUACAAUCGUGGAAAGUGCCAGUAAGAAUCAUCUAAAGGAAGUGUCAUCUGGAGAUUACCCUGGGACAGGCUUAAAUCAAAGAGCUUCCCUGCUGUAGCAACUUGGGAUUCACUCAGCCACAAAUAACAGAUAGCCCAACUCAGGAGCUUAAACGAUUGGGUUUUUUCUUCCCAAAGCAAGAAAUCCUAAGGCAGGCAAUCUAGGACUCACACAACAGCUCCAUUGGACUUUCCCCAGGAGCAGAUAAUCUCUACCGUGGCACUUGGUAUUCGGGGCUGGAUAGUUCUUCGUGGUAGGGGCUGUCUUGGGUAGUGUAAGAUGUUGGGCCGCAUCCCUGGUCUCUACCCACCAGAUGCAGUAGCACCGCCCCCGAGUGCAACAACCAAAAAUGCCUCCAGACAUGACCAAGGGUCCCCUGGGGCACGCUCAUCCCCAGCUCUUCCUGGCUCCACCCUCUUUAGUCAUUCGUUUGAGUCUAAAUGGCACUGAGAGUGGCUAUUGCACCUCCAGGUGGCGGGUUCACGGUCAGGUUGGAGGAACAGGAAGGGGGAGGAUACCCACCCAGGGUGUCUUAUUAGAAGCCUCAUCCAGCAAACUCUCUUACAUUUCAAGUUGCAGCUACCUGUAACUUAAAAGUGGCUCCAAAAAGGGGGGUGAAGACAGCUGUGGAUGGGAGUUGGGUCAGCCAGCCAAGAGUGCCUGCCACCCCUGUCCAAAGCUCCACCGCCAACCAAGAUACCUGCCACCAGGUAUACUUGGUUCCCCCGUCAGGUUCUCUGUCAACAAGUACCCAAAAUUGUCCCUGGUAAUAGUCACCUUCUCAGAUACACUUCCUUCUUUCUUUUUGUUUUUGCUUUUUUUCCUGUCUCUUUUAACCAAUGGUUCUAACUGCUUGGAUAUGUAUUAUUCUUGCACAUAUAUUUCUUUCUUUCUAGACAGUGCAGUCACCAGGAAGUUGCGGAGCAGGGAUACAUUCUAUUGCCAGUGAGAUGCACUUAUUCAGAAGGUGUAGAUUCCUGGAAUAAUAAUGCUGGAAGAAACAUCUAGAGACCAUCAGGCAAUUGAUUUUUUUUUUAUGGUUAAUAAACUACAAAAUUUACAAACCCAA